AUUUAUUUACAGUGUCAAGUUAACAGAUCUUCGUCAGUUGUGUAGUAGUUAAAUAAUAGGGUUUUCUUUGCAAUCCCCUAGUAAUUAUGCUAAUUUAAUAGUAAUUUAUAAUUAAAUCUAAUCCAUGUAUCUGUCAACAAGUUGGAAUAAAGCUAUCUUAUAAUAAACCACACGAUGUCAUCUAAGCAGUCAGUAAGCAGAUAUGAUUCUCGAAGAAGAUCUGUUGAGAAGUACCAAAAGGACAGAGCAAGAAGUAAAGAUCAUCAAAGGUCCAGAUCAAGGUCAGAGAGUAAACACGUUUCUUCAAUCAGAGACAAGAAAUCAAAGCAUAAAAAGAGUAAGAAAAAAAAGAACAAGAAAUCAAGUAGUUCAUCCAGCAGCUCAUCUAGUGACAGUGAUGAGGAGGAAUUAAAACUGCUGCAGAGGUUGGAAGCAGAGAGACUUAGGUUGAAAGAAGAGAAAAAGAAGCAGAAAGAGUUAUUGAAGGCCAAGGAAACUCCUGAAGAGAAAAGAGCUAGACGACUAGGAGAGAAGCAGGAGAAGGAGCGCAAGCGUCGCGAGCGCAUGGGCUGGGACAAUGAGUACCAGUGUUACACCAACCAGGACAACCCUUUUGGUGACUCUGCGCUUACACAUACCUUUGUGUGGUCUAAGAAGCUCGCCAAGGAGGGUGUGAAGACAGUGUCUCACGAUGAGCUUGAGGCUCUAAAUCGACAGAAACAGAUGGAGAACAAGAUUGAGUUGGAGAAGGUUAAGCAACGUCGCCUAGAGCGCGAGGCAGAGCGAGCGGAGCGCGAGUCCGAGGCAGCGGCCGCGGCUCGAGCUCGCGAGGCAGCUCAGUUCCACAGCUGGGCGCGGCACGAAGACGCCUUCCAUCUGCACCAGGCGCGGCUUCGCAGUCAGAUACGCAUACGAGAUGGCCGGGCCAAGCCCAUCGACCUGCUGGCGUGGUACGUCAGCUCUGAGCAGUGCGUGGACGCGCUCGAGAUGCACGAGCCCUACACCUACCUCAACGGGUUGCUGGCGCAGGACCUGGAGGACCUGUUGGAGGACAUCAAGGUGUACAAGGAGCUGGAGCAGCACGCCAACCAGGCGUACUGGGAGGACGUGCAGACCAUCGUGCUGGACGAGCUGGGCAAGCUGCGCCGCCAAAGCGCGCCCGGCCUGCGCCGCGACGGCGUGCACGAGGCCGUGGCCGACGACGUCACGCAGAUCUUCAAAGGCAAGACGGGCGCUCAGCUGGAGGCCCUGCAGGCGCAGAUCGAGCACAAGAUCAGCGGCAAGAAGGACGGCGUAGACGUGCCGUACUGGGAGAGCUUGCUCAGCCAGCUCAAAGCGCACCGGGCGCGCGCGCGCCUGCGCGACCGCCACCAGGACAACCUGCGCCGCAAGCUGCAGCUGCUCAAACGCGAGCAGGGCGUGCAGCCCGCCGACGCGCCCGGCGCCGACACCGCCGACGCGCCCGGCGCCGACACCGCCGACGCGCCCGACGCCGACGCGCCCGGGUCGCCGAGCCCCGAGCUCAAGGCGGAAGCGGGCCCCGCGGAGGACGGCGAGGCGGCGGACGAGGCGGAGCGCGCGGAGGACGAGGCGUGGGGCGUGGCGCAGUACGCGGCCGGGAACUACUCGCCCGAGUACCUGGGCCCGGCGGCGCUGGAGCCCGCCACGCUGCUGACGGAGGCGCGCGAGGACGAGCAGCGCCUGGCCUACCUGCGCGCGCGCCUGCACGCCGCCGCCGCCAGCGCGCAGCACGCGGCGCUGCUGGCCCUAACGGCGGCGGCGCGGCGCUCCAUGGCGGGCGCGGACGGCGCGCAGUUCAGCGUGGAGGCGCCGCUGGCCGAGCAGCCGUGCCUGUGGGCCGACAAGUACCGCCCGCGCAAGCCGCGCUACUUCAACAGAGUGCACACGGGCUUCGAGUGGAACAAGUACAACCAGACCCACUACGACAUGGACAACCCGCCGCCCAAGAUAGUGCAGGGCUACAAGUUCAACAUCUUCUACCCGGACCUCAUCGACAAGAGCGACACGCCAGAGUUCUCGCUGAAGCCGUGCCCCGACAACCCCGAGUUCGCCGUGCUGCGCUUCCACGCGGGGCCGCCCUACGAGGACAUCGCGUUCAAGAUCGUGAGCCGCGAGUGGGAGUACUCUUACAAGCGCGGCUUCCGCUGCCACUUCCACAACAACAUCUUCCAGCUGUGGUUCCACUUCAAGCGUUACCGAUACCGCCGUUGAAUAUACAUUUUUAUUUCCCCA